AUGGAUAUUAAUCUCUUUCAAGUAGAAUCUCAAUCAUUCAUUGAAUCAUUUAUCUCAUCCAUCACAAAUACAUUUAUACGUUCGAUUCGACUUGUACAGGAUACUACUCAAGGUAAUGCUCUUCGAUCAAUGGCGUCAGAAGUCAACACAAAAGCACUUGAUCGAAGUUUACCUAGUCGGUUUGCACUAGAUUCAACAAUUGGUAGUAUCGUUGAUCGAUUAAUGGUUGAAGAAUGGACGAAUAUAACAUCACAUAAGGCGUAUUAUGAUCGAUGUCAACCAAUCACAUGUACUUAUUCAUAUGUAGACAAAAAAAUAUGGCUUGUUGUCAUCACCACUGUUAUUGGAUUGAUUCGAGGUCUAACAAUUGUUUUGAAAUUUGUUGUACUUCUUGUUGUCAAAUCCUUCUUUUAUUGCUGUUAUAAUCGAGUUCAACCAUUGUCAAAUAAUGGAAAGACAUAA